AUGAUCAGAUCCGCAGGGACAAAGAGAGCUCAGCCUGGCUCAGGAGAUGGCAUGUGCGUGUUCAAAUGUGUCAUGAGCCGGGAGACGGAAAGCUGCCGAGUAGGGAAACAAGCUUUUCUCAUCACAGUGGGUUACAGCAGCGUGCUGCUACAGUUUAGGUCAUCCAACGAGUUCUCUACAUUUUAUAAUUCGUUAAAAGUUCAUAAAAACUCCAGUAAAGCCAGCUCAGCAAUCAGCGAAAGGACAGAGGAUGCGUCUGCCUCACAAUACUUCCAGAGACGGAGUGGGAGUUCGAGCAAAGUGGGAGAUCAGGUGGAAGGAAGUUGCAGGGGCAAAGUGACUGAAAGCCUACCCACUGACGGUGGAGUGGAGGGGGCAGGGAACACGAAGCAGGCCAGGAAGGAUGGAGUGGGUUCAGAAGAAGAAGCUCUGUCCCAGUUUCAUGGCUGUUUAUCACAACAACAGAACACGCUGCAGGACUAUAUCGGGACAGCCACGUACCAGAGAGCUAUACUGGAGAACCAUGUGGAUUUCAAAGAUAAGGUUAUUCUGGAUGUCGGCUGUGGAUCAGGAAUCCUCUCAUUCUUCGCUGUUCAGGCAGGAGCGAGAAAGGUCUACGCUGUGGAAGGCAGCGCGAUGUCAAAGUAUGCCGAGAUACUGGUGAAAAGCAAUAACCUUUCCGAACAGGUGAUGGUGCUGGAAGGGAAAAUCGAGGAGAUUUCUAUCCCCGAAAAGGUGGACAUCAUUAUCUCGGAACCUAUGGGCUAUUUGUUAUUUCACGAGAGGAGGAUUGAGAGUUAUCUCCACGCCAAAAAGUGGUUGAAGCCAAACGGGAUGAUGUUUCCCACCUUCGGUGAUGUUCAUUUGGCCCCGUUUUCCGACGAGCAGCUUUACAUGGAACAUUACACCAGGGCCAAUUUCUGGUACCAACAGUGUUUCCACGGGAUUAAUCUCUCUAGUCUCCGCAGUGCGGCUGUGGAAGAGUACUUCAAGCAGCCAAUCGUAGAUACCUUUGACGUGGUCAUUCUGAUGGCGCGCUCUGUCAAGUACACUGUGAAUUUCCUGGAAUCCAAAGAAGACGAUUUGCACCGAAUGGAGAUUCCCUUUGUUUUCCACAUUCUCCAGUCUGGUCUUGUCCACGGCUUGGCUUUCUGGUUUGAUGUAGCCUUUGUGGGCUCACAAAAGACAGUCUGGCUUUCCACAUCUCCCACAGAACCCCUGACACACUGGUAUCAGGUUCGUUGCCUGCUCCAGACCCCGCUCUUUGCCAAAGCUGGAGAAACAUUCUCAGGGAGAGUCCUGCUGGUGGCCAAUAAAAGACAGAGCUACGACAUUCACAUCAUGGCUAUUGUGGACCAGACGGGCUUCAAGUCUGGCAACAUACUAGACUUAAAGAAUCCCUUCUUCAGUUCUUACGAGUGACUCCCCAACGAAAGAGCCCAAUGUGAACCAACACCAGCACAUCUCACGAUCAAGAGACUCGCAAAGAACUGGCAGCGGCGGGACUGCAACCCAACCAGAUCCAGGCGGAAAGCAAUCCGUUCUCUUGGUGACCUGGUCUCCUGGUCACCCACCGUAUCUCCCUUUUCUUGGACAUUCGGUGAGCCUGUAUUCAAACCGGCAAAUAAACGAACGCACCGUGUGUGAAUUUCAA